AUGGGCGUACAUGCCGGUCUUGGUGCAAAAGUUUGUGAAACAGCACCUUGGCUUGUUUUGGUUCACUGCUUCAAUCAUCGUAUUGAGCUUGCUAUCAAAGAUGCCUUUGACGCUUCAGCAUUUUCAAAAAUUGACCAGAUGCUUCGAGUACUUCAUUCGCUUUACAACGCCAGCCCGAAACGCUAUCGUGAACUGAAACAAUUAGCUGAGGCCUGGGAGACGUCUAUCCUGAAACCGACAAAGGCAACUGGCACACGUUGGAUUGAGCACAAAGUCAACGCAAUGAAAAUAGCAUUAGAACAUUAUGGGGCAUUUCUCAGCCACAUCGAGUCACUUUCGCAAACCGAUUCAAAUCCAGUCAAACGAGCAGAAUUCUGA